UUCCGGUUUGUGGUUGCCAUAGGAACCGCUGCGACGUUUGGAAGUGCCCGGGCUGCUUGGAAUCCCUAGGGGGUAGCACCUCUGGAUACGUGCUUGGUCUGCUGAGCCUGAGUGAAGAAGCGAAAGAACUCUGGCAAGGGAUCAUGUCUACCGUCGUAGCUCAGUGGCUGCAUGUUUUUGGUCUUCGAGCCCACGUGGCCAACAAUAUCUUUUUCUUCGAUGAACAGAUUAUUAUAUAUCCUUCAGGAAAUCAUUGUGUGAAGUACAAUGUGGAUCAGAAGUGGCAAAAAUGUAUUCCAGGCUCAGACAAGAGUCAGGGUAUGUUGGCCUUGUCCAUCAGCCCCAAUCGGCGGUACCUCGCCAUCUCCGAGAUUGUGCAGGAGAAACCUGUAAUCACCAUUUAUGAGCUGUCAUCCAUCCCGUGCCGGAAGCGCAAAGUCCUUAAUACUUUUGACUUUCCAGUUCAGAAAUUUAUCAGCAUGGCCUUUUCUCCAGACUCCAAGUAUCUAUUGACUCAGACAUCACCUCCAGAAUCAAACCUUGUCUAUUGGCUGUGGGAAAAGCAGAAAGUAAUGGCCAUUAUUAGAACUGACACUCAGAACAACCCUAUCUACCAGGUGAGCAUUAAUCCCCAGGAUAACACUCAGGUUUGUGUCACUGGAAAUGGAAUGUUUAAGCUUCUGCGUUUUGCUGAGGGAACCCUAAAGCAAACCAAUUUUCAGAGAGGAGAAUCCCAAAACUAUCUAGCCCAUGCUUGGGUGGCUGAAGACAAGGUCAUUGUUGGCACUGAUACAGGAAAGCUUUUUCUCUUUGAAUCUGGAGACCAGCGCUGGGAAACCAACAUAAUGGUCAAGGAGCCCACGGCUAGCUCAAAGAACCUGGAGGUUAUCCACGAGUCAGAGAGCCUGGUCGAAUUUCCACCAGUCAGUUCCCCAGUCCCUUCCUUUGAACAGAUCGUGACGACCAGUAGCCACAACCAACUGGUCAUGCCCCGGGUGUUCGCCAUUGCUGCCUAUUCAAAGGGGUUUGCCUGCUCUGCUGGACCCGGAAGAGUUCUGCUGUUUGAAAAGAUAGAAGAAAAGGACUUUUACCGAGAGAGCAGGGAAAUCCGGAUUCCUGUGGACCCACAGAGCAACGACCCAAGUCAGUCUGACAAACAGGACAUUCUGUGCAUGUGCUUCAGUCCCUCGGAGGAAACCCUGGUUGCCAGCACCAGUAAGAACCAGAUCUACAGCAUCACCAUGUCCCUGACAGAGAUCAGCAAAGGGGAGCCUGCUCAUUUCGAGUACCUGAUGUACCCAUUACACUCAGCAUCCAUCACUGGUCUAUCUACCUGCAUCCGCAAACCCCUCAUUGCUACCUGUUCACUGGAUCGAUCUGUUCGCAUCUGGAAUUAUGAAUCAAACACUCUGGAACUUUUUAAGGAAUAUCAAGAAGAAGCAUACACAAUCAGCCUUCACCCAUCUGGACACUUCGUUGUAGUAGGGUUUGCUGAUAAACUACGCCUUAUGAAUCUACUCAUUGAUGAUAUACGUUCUUUCAAAGAGUAUUCUAUCAGAGGAUGCAGAGAGUGUGCCUUUAGCAAUGGAGGCCACCUGUUUGCUGCAAUCAAUGGAAAUGUGAUUCACGUUUUUACCACCACAAGCCUAGAGAACAUCACAAACCUGAAAGGACACACGGGGAAGAUUCGCUCAAUUGUCUGGAACGCAGAUGACAGCAAACUGAUUUCUGGUGGCACAGAUGGUGCUAUAUAUGAAUGGAAUCUGUCUUCAGGAAAGAGAGAGACAGAGUGUGUGCUCAAGUCCUGCAGCUACAACUGUGUUACUGUCUCCCCUGAUGGCAGAAUUAUUUUUGCUGUUGGAUCAGACCAGACCCUCAAGGAGAUUGCAGAUUCUUCAGUCCUGCGAGAAAUGUCAGCAUUUGACGUCGUCUACACGGCAAUUGUCAUCUCCCAUUCCGGGCGCAUGAUGUUUGUGGGCACCUCAGUGGGAACCAUCCGCACCAUGAAGUACCCCCUGCCUUUGCAGAAAGAAUUCAAUGAGUAUCAGGCUCAUGCUGGUCCUAUCACCAAGAUGUUGCUCACCUUUGAUGAUCAGUACCUGCUGACUACUGCUGAGGAUGGCUGCCUGUUCACCUGGAAGGUCUUCGAUAAGGAUGGCCGCGGAAUCAAGCGGGAAAGGGAGGUGGGCUUUGCUGAAGAGGUGCUCGUGACUAAAACAGACAUGGAAGAGAAGGCUCAGAUUAUGUUGGAGCUAAAGACUCGUGUGGAAGAAUUAAAAAUGGAGAAUGAGUAUCAACUUCGACUAAAGGAUAUGAACUACUCUGAGAAGAUUAAGGAGCUUACAGACAAAUUCCUCCAGGAAAUGGAGUCCUUGAAAACCAAAAACCAGGUUUUAAGAACAGAAAAAGAGAAGCAGGAUAUAAGUCACCGUGAGCGCAUAGAAGACCUCCUAGACAAACAGAACCGGGAGCUGCAAGACCUGGAAUGUUGCAACAACCAAAAGUUGCUUCUAGAAUAUGAGAAAUACCAGGAAUUACAACUCAAGUCCCAAAGGAUGCAGGAAGAGUAUGAAAAACAGCUCCGAGAUAAUGAUGAGACCAAGAGCCAAGCCCUGGAGGAGCUGACUGAAUUUUAUGAGGCCAAGCUGCAAGAGAAAACCACCCUUCUGGAAGAGGCCCAGGAGGAUGUCAGGCAGCAGCUGCGGGAAUUUGAAGAGACCAAGAAGCAGAUUGAAGAAGAUGAAGACCGAGAAAUCCAAGAUAUCAAAAUCAAGUACGAGAAAAAACUUCGGGAAGAGAAGGAAUCCAACCUGCGGCUCAAGGGAGAAACAGGCAUUAUGAGGAAAAAGUUCAGCAGUCUGCAGAAGGAGAUCGAAGAGCGAACCAACGACAUUGAGAUGCUGAAGGGAGAGCAGGAGAAGCUUCAGGGAGUCAUCAGGUCCCUAGAGAAAGACAUUCAAGGCCUUAAACGAGAGAUCCAGGAGAGAGAUGAGACAAUUCAAGACAAGGAGAAACGAAUUUAUGAUCUGAAAAAGAAGAAUCAAGAACUAGAGAAGUUCAAGUUUGUGCUUGACUACAAAAUAAAAGAGCUGAAGAAGCAAAUAGAACCUCGAGAGAAUGAGAUCAAGGAGAUGAAGGAACAGAUUCAGGAGAUGGAAGCCGAGCUGGAGCGUUUUCAUAAACAGAACACGCAACUGGAACUGAACAUCACAGAGCUGUGGCAGAAACUAAGAGCCACCGAUCAAGAGAUGCGCAAAGAGAAACAGAAGGAGCGGGACUUGGAAGCAGUGGUCAAAUGGUUUAAGACAGACCUUCACAACUGUGUGGCAUAUAUCCAGGAGCCCCCGCUGCUGAAGGAGAAGGUCCGAGGUCUGUUUGAGAAGUACGUGCAGCAGGCAGACAUGGUGGAGAUGGCAGGGCUGAACACAGACCUGCAGCAGGAGUACGCCCGCCAGCGGGAGCACCUGGAGAGGAACCUGGCCACGAUCAAGAAGAAGGUGCUCAAGGAGAGCGAGCUGCACCGCACUGACUACGUCCGCAUCAUGCAGGUGUCAUAGCUGAACUCUCAAGUGCCCUGCCUGUACUGGCACACAGGCCAGGGAGGUCCUCUGAAGACUGGGUCCCUUUCUCUAUGCCAAGCAAGAUGUCCAAAGCAAAUGUCAGUCCUAAAAGGAGAGAAGAAAGGAACUGAAGACCACAGGCUGGUCAUAGGAUGCAGGAGUCCACACGAGGCUGACAGGGCAGGCAUCGUGUCCUCUUUUCCUUUCCUGUUCCCCCCAAGCCAAGGUGGGGGUGGGGAGAAAAGGAGAUACAGCAGAGCUCCUAUCCAGCCCAGCCCCUCCCACAAGCCCAGUCCCCAGAAGAGCGUCUUCCCAAGCAGCAUUGUAAGCCUAGGUGCUUUGCAGUCCUGUGGAUCCAGAGAAUUGACUCAGAUAACAACAGGGAACAAGAAAGGGGCCCUGUGGGCAGGUUCAGAGUUCAUUCCCCCUCAACCAGAGAGGCUCCUUGCUGAUCACAGUGGGGCUCUGUGUAGGAUUCUGUUUGCAAAGUUAGGAAGGUUUGUUUUUUUUUAAAGGAAAACUUUCGAACUGCUGUUCUGGAUGCUAAAAAUUGUUUCCUUAUUUGAUGUUAAAAUUGAAGGAGGACUGGGCCAGGGCCAGGCCAGAUGGCAGGGUUUAUACAAGCAAACCUCAGCUUGGAAUCAUGUUCCCAGCCAGGAUAUGGAAGGCAAAUGGGCACUGUCACUGUGUAGAUCUGAGUUAUGCUGCUUCUGCCACUCUUUGGCCAGCAGACCAUGGGUAAAUUCCUUGACUUCUCCAGGAGAUGCCCUCCUUAUCUAUAAAAUGGAGAGGAAAACACUAACCUCCAUGGUUACUAUGAGGACUGAACAGGAUAACCUUUGUAAUGUACAAGGCACUGGCCUGGGACAGAAUCAGUGUUCAAAAAAAAUGUCAUGGGGUAAAAAUGGGAGUUCAUAACCCACUUGAAUCUAAUGUAUGAAAUCUGAUAUGUCAAGAGCUUUGUAAUGUUUUGAACAAUUAAAAAAAAAGAAAAGAAAGCAAAGCAAAGACAAAAAAAAUGUCAUUUCCCUUCCCUUCUUCUUAACAAAGACUGCAUAUAGGAACCAAGGUAGAAACCAAGUGGGAGAGCCUAGAAACCCCUCAUAACAAGGGCCAGGGUAGCUGCUCCUGGGGGUGGGUGAAGGGACAGCACAACUUAUUCCAGACCCCCAGCUGGUGGUCAAGUGCUCCUGCUCCUUUGGCAAGAGUUUGUCAGGAGCCUGCUGAAACUGUGUCUGCAGCUGCUGGGUCCCUGGCACCUCAAUCCAAAAGGCUGAGGAAAGCUGGGAUGGACAUGGCAUCUGAGAGCUACUCAUUAGAAAAUAACAAAAAAUGAGGCCACUUUCUCAUUUGUAUAUUCAGAUAGGAGCUCGGGGCCUCCCUGCUGCAUUCUCAGCAUACUUGCAGAUAUGGAAAUUAGAGUUGCUAUGGAAUACAAACAUCUAGGACACACAUUCAUUCAGUUCACAUCUGAGAGCCUCGUAUACAGCAAGGUUUGUGUCAGCCAUGGAAGAUUCCAAGAUGAAUGUGAGGGUGUCCCUACCCUCAAGAAGCUCCUCCCAGGAAACUUGGACCAGGUUCAAGUAAUCUCUUCUCCAUUUAGUAUAUCCCAGUGCAGUGGGCUAAUGGGGGGAAGCAAAGUGCAAUUAUGCCUUGGAAACUCAUGGAAGAUUUCUGAGGGAAGGUGGCAUUUGAGCUGAGCUCAGGGUAGAUAGAGGGUAGUCAGGGACCAACUGGGGGAAGAGAGAAUAACCUGAGAAAAAGAAAGGAGAGGGUCUUGGGGGGAAGAGGUGGUUGCAGACUCCAUGAGUCCACAGACCUCAGUUUGUUGCAAAGUGUUGGGGGCAGAGAGAAAGGGCCCAUUGAAAUGGUAGGUAGUCUACAGUCAGGUUGAAAGGGCCUUCCACACCAUGCCAGGAUCAUGAGAUUCAUCCUGAGCACAUCCAUGACCUGAAAAACUUCUUAAGCUGGCAGGGAUGUUAUCUUUGUUUCGUAAAGAUGGACUCCUUUGGCAUGGUGGACAGACUGGAGGUACUCCAUAGUCAGGUAGAGAAAGAGUCAGGCGGCAGGGAAACUCAUUAGGAGAUUGCUAUUGCAUUAAAGGUAAAUGAGAGGGCAUUUGCCCCUUAGAAAGGGGCAAGUUAUGAUGUCAGAAGGCAAUUCAGAGCAGAAAUGACAAAUAGAAAUGUCUUAAACACAGGAUAUAGGUGAAAAGAGCAGAAAAGGAGUCUGAGAUGGUUCAUUUUGUGCAAUUAGACAGAUGGAGAUGCCAUCAACUGUGGGUUCCAGAAAGACACCACCGGAUGCCAGGUUUCCAAGUUACUGGAGCAAUGAAUGCAUCUGUUGCUUGCUUUUUUCAAAAGAUAGUUGACUCUGAGCCUGCCAGAAGGUGGUGCUACAGACAUUUCUUUCCCUGCCCUGCCCAUCAAGGGUGUCUGAAAGAACAGCCAGGGUCAUCAGGCUGUUCCAAAGGCCUAUGGCAGUUCUGGUCACCCUAGCUAGGUAUAGUCCCUUUGUUUAGAAACCUCCAUAUAUAUGGACCUUAGCAUCCUCUAGCCAAGUCAGUCUCUCUCACAUUUCCCAGGCUCAGGUCAGAUUUUUCCUGCAGCUGAGUAGUUAGAUGGGUCUGGAGAACUGUAGGAGUUUGUAAAAGCUAUCCUGACCAGGGAGCUAUCAGAACACAGGGCUCGGAAGCUUGGUGUGUUAAUUUUUAAUUCACAAAGCUACCAAAUGUACAUACAGUUGACCUGAGUGUGAUCUUUGGACUCCUCAGAACAGUGGCCACCCUUGAAAACAUUUUAUAAAGAACUCAACCUGUACUCAUUGGGGAUGUCGUUGGCCAUCACACUAUGCAAGAUAUUGGAAUGGAGGUAAAUGAGUGGUGACGGAGUAGUGUCUGAAGGCAGCAGUCAUGGAGGAACAGGGCACUUUGGAGGCAGACAGGCAUCUUCAAACCCAUUUCAUGUAGAUUUGACCUGCAAGACUUUGCUAGUCAAAAUGUGGCCUGCAGACAAGCCAUAGCAACAUCUCUUGGGAGCUACCAUUUAUCCUCUGCAUUAUUUCUACAUCCAAAACAAGUCCUAUAAUGCCUACUCUAUAAGGUAGUUGUAAGGAUGAAAUAAGGUGAUUAUGUAAAAUGUUUGAUAUGUUGUGAGAAUUCAAUUGACCCUUGCAAUUAUGAUUACUCUUGUUUUUAUUCUUAAUAGCAAGCUUUUAGUGUUUGUGUUCUGCUUGCUCCAUAUUGGCUCCAGGCCUGGAAUACUCUUGCCCAACCUCAAUCUCCCCUGAGAACCUUCCUCACACUGGGUUGGGCCCCUGCUUCUAACUCUGAUGGCAUCUCUCUGCAUUAGAGCCUAGAGGAACCUUCCCUGUUCAGCACAUUGACGAGCGCACAGCAAGUUUCAAGAACAACUGGUUAAUAGAUGAUUUGGUUUUGGGAUGAAGGAAGGAAGGAAGGGUCAAAAAACAAGAGAAUCAGUUUUCAUUGAGUCAUGGGCCUCAAUCACACUCUAAUAAGGAUGGAAUCAUGCCCUGGAGAUGCCCAUUUAGGCAAGGAAGGAUCAUGGAAGUGUCAAAGGCUGGCAGUGGGAUCAUUAACAAUCAUACCAAAAUAUACCCGGAGCCAGAAAUCCCAGUCACAGGGUGUAGGUGGUAGAGGGGGAAGGGAGAAACUAGGGCAAGGGCUCCCGUGGGACCACAACAGUCCUAGAGGAGAGAGAGGGACCAAGAGCCAGUUAUAAUCACAGCAAGGUGAAUACAAGGUGCAGCUCCAGCACAAAAUCAGUAGGAUUCUGUGAUAAAAGGAAAUGACCAAGAAAAGGAAAUAACUACAGAUGUAACCUGAGAGGGCUCAAAAUGGUAUCUUGAGGAGCUGAGACUGCAGCUCUGUGGCAGAGUGCUCGCCUAGCACAUGUGAGGCACUGGGUUCGACCCUUAGCACCACAUAAAAAUAAACAAAAUAAAGGCAUGCUAUCCAUCUACAACUACAAAUUUUUUUUUUUUUAGUGGUACUUUGAGUUUCUAGUCUUCAUUCUGAUUGCCAUUAUUACUUUAUUGGAUGAAGCAGAAGUGAAGCUAAGCAAAACCAACCUAGAGAGAGCUCCCAAGAGAGCAAGUUUGCCGGUGACUUUCUUGUGGUUCUUUUUAAGACCUUCUUCUAUUCUAGUCUCCUCUACCUGACCUUUACCCCUUAAUUUCUUUAUUAGUAAGUAUAUUCUCUUAUUUCAACCUGGUGUGCAAUGCAUUCAUAUUGAUUUGCUUAUCCAUCCCACAAAUAUUUUUUGAGCACUUCUUACAUGCAAGGGCAGGAUCCAGGGUUUUAGCAAUAAAUAUAUAUUAAAUCAAUCAUGUCAAUGAUAUAAAGUUGGCAUGGGGAAGUUCCAGGGGAGGGGACUAUCAGAGAGUUUCACUGGGCAGCAUCUGGAAAGUAAAUGUAGGCAAUUCAUCACCAAGGCCUGGAUUGGUUAGAAGGGUAAAGCAUUGCAUGGAGAAAAUCUGCUGACACAGAAAAAUAGACACAAAGCCUGGCCUGGGGAACAACAGGUUUGGCAGUGAGGGUUGGGCAUUUCAUCCAAGAGUGAGGGAAUCUUUUUUUUAGUGAGAAAAACUAAAAGUAAGUGAUAUAUUGAGCCUCUAAAAGUCUAGAUCUAUUUUUAAAGGAAGAGUCUCUGGAGGGAAGGAAUCUGGGAUAUCUUCAGCAGUCCCAGCUCUUUCCUGGCUUGAGGGGCACAUACCCUUAGCAGAGAAGGGCUUAUCUAGCACAGCUCAGUGAGAAGGGUGCCUGAGAUCUGCCCAGCCCUGACCCAUACUCCCCACUUCUAAGACUGUGCCCCAAGUUCUUUCCUGGAGCAGGCCCAUUUCAUGUAGAUUUGACCUGCAAGACUUUGCUAGUCAAAGUGUGGCCUGCAGACAAGCCACAGCAACAUCCCUUGGGAGUUGGUUAAAAAUGCAGACUCUCAGGCCCCACCCAAGACCCACCAAAUCAGCAGCUUCAUUUAAUAAGAUGCUCAGAUGAUUUAUUCACAGUCCUAGGUGGGGCUCUAUGAUAGGCAAACUGAAUUCUGAGGCCAGGGGCCCUAGGAACAAAGCAGGAGACCCGUGGGGCCUCCUCGUUAGUGCCACCUGGGGCCCCUAUGCUAAAUAUGAAAUGGAAGGUAGAAGCUUGAGGUGUGGGAAAAGGAGAAGAGACUAUCUGGUCCCAGCACACAGCACCCCAGCAGCUGGCCUGUAGUAAAUUUCAUUCAUGCUCUCUUCUACUCCCCUCUUCCAUCUCAUAGUGAUACAGAACUGCUACCAUCCCCCUAUGUCAACCGUUUCACACUUCUCUGUCGUGACUCCUAUUAUUCCAGUUCUCUGGGACACCCUUUACCCUCUCUUGAGAACCUCCUUUAAGCCUCAGCUCAGGGGUCAGUUCCUAGCAAUCCAUUCGCCAUUCAGGCUUGACUAAGUGCCUUUCCUCUGUGACCUAUCCUCCACCUUAACAAGGUGGCUCCAUGCUAAAAUGGGCCCAUAUGCCCCACCAAGAGCAGAGGCCAGGUCUCACUUUGAAAAUGCCAGGAUCAUCACAGUGGCUGGUGCAUGAUGGGUAUUCAGUAUAAGGUAUUGGAUGGAGAUGGAUGGAUAAGUGGAUGCGGGGAGCGGGAUGGAUGGAUAUUUGUCAAACACACAAACAAGAGAAGUGAAUUUCCAAUGGAUACAGUUGAUGUUAAUUAUCGGAUUAUUUUUCUGUGUUACUAAAUAGAAUGAUGUUGAGGACAGGUAUCAUGCUUUAUUUCUGAAGUCUGCAUUCUGAGGGACAUAGCAGAUGCCCCAUAAAUGUAGGUUCAACAAAUGAAUGGGAAAAAAUGAAUAAAGGAUAGCUCAGUAUUUAAGAGCUCUGGAACCAGACCACUAGGCUUAGAAUUCUUACUCAGUCACUUGCUAAGUUACACAGCCUCUGUGCCUGAGGUUCCUCUUCUAUAAAAUUGUGAUCAUAGGGGCUGGACGUAGUAUGUUUAGUGUGUGUGAUACCCUGGGUCC